CUCUGCUCUGCUAUGCUCUAUAUGUGUAAUUAACAACGUUGAAGUUGUGUCCUGUUAUCACUCUGUACUUUCUCAGACAUCCCAAUUCCUCCUCCUCUUCUUCUUCAUGGCCCUACCAGAGAAGCAGAACUUCGGUAAUCCACCAGCAGCCGUAGUGGAAGCCAUAGGAGAGAUCAUGGCCGUCCAGAGGUCACUCCCACCCAGACCCUCCAUCGAAGAGGUUGAAGCCGCGGAGUCGAUCCUCAUGAUGGUCGAAUCGGAGGAGAAGGCGAAGCUUGAGGAUGUCUCGAAACUGGAGUUUUCGAAGGAUAUCCCCCAGGAGCUGUGCAGUGUCCUGAGGGAGGUGAAGAGGACUCUGGUCCUGUUCCAGAGUCUCCAGCAGAGGAAGGAGGCUGCUUUCUUGGUGGAGGCCGAGCGGCUCUUCCAGGCCUUCGACGGGUUGAUUCGAAGGGCUAACGGGGUGGUGACUGGGAAGGCGGAUGAGGAUGUUUCCGUGGAGGAAUUGAAAGAUGAGGCAGGUGGUGAAAUUCCAGGGGAAGCUCUGACUUUGGUGAAGCAGAAGAAGAAGUUGCUUAGUGAUGCCGGAGUGUUGAAAGCUCCGGUGAGGAGCUCUUCCACCAUAGAAACAAUCUCUGACUUGAAAGAAGGAGAGUUUGAGAAGCUGAGCCUAAUGAAAGUUGCAGCCCUGAUCGAGCACACUGCGAAGACUAAUUCGGCAACUCUCGACCUCAGAGGGAGGCUGAUUGAUCCAAUUGAGUGGCUCCCCUUCUCGAUCGGGAAGCUCACUGAAGUCACGGAGCUCGACUUAUCGGAUAACCGGAUCAUGGCCCUCCCAAACUCCAUGGGGAACAUGAGAGCCCUCACUAAGCUUGACGUCCACUCGAACCAGAUCAUAAACCUCCCCGAAACAAUCGGGGAACUCGCCAAUCUCAAGGAUCUCGAUUGCCAUGCCAAUAGGUUUCGUUCUCUGCCAGCUUCGUUCCGGAACCUGACGAGCCUCCUGAAUCUUGACUUGAGCUCGAACGGGUAUGUCCAGUUGCCUAACGUCAUCGGGAGCUUGACCUCCCUGGAGAGACUCAACGUGGAGACGAACGAGCUCGAGGAGCUUCCAUACACGAUCGGCUCUUGCUCGUCCCUCAUCGAGCUGAGACUCGACUUCAACCGCCUAAAGGCCCUCCCAGAGGCGAUUGGGAGGCUCGAGCGCCUACAGAUACUCUCGCUGCACUAUAACCGAAUCAAGGGGUUGCCCACCACGAUGUCCAAUCUGUCCAACCUGAGGGAGCUCGAUGUGAGCUUCAACGAGCUUGAGUUAAUCCCCGAGAGCCUCUGCUUCGCCGUGGGCCUCGUGAAACUGAACGUGGGGAGGAACUUCGCCGACCUAAGGGCCUUGCCAAGAUCGAUCGGGAACCUGGAAAUGCUGGAGGAGCUGGACAUAAGCUAUAACCAGAUAAGGGCACUGCCCGACUCCUUUGGGCUCCUGUCGAGGCUGAGAGUUUUCCGGGCAGACGAGACGCCGCUGGAGUUGCCCCCGCGCGAGAUAGCCAAACUGGGCCCUCAAGCAGUUUUGGACUACAUGAUUGACCAUGUGUCUAGCACAGAUGCAAAGUUCCAAGCUUCAAAGAAGAAUAAGAAGAAGAAGAAGAAGGGGCUUUGGUUAUGGCUUUGCUGCUUUACAAGGGCCUAAUGACACUGCCAAUAAAGAAGUGAUUAUGUGUUCUUUUUUCGGUGAGACAUAUGUAAUUGGAUGAUCGGCCUGAUCUAUCUAUGAAAUGCUUCCGGUGAGUUUAUAACUCUGCAUUGUAGAUAAAACAGUCUACUUUGUCAGGUGCGCUUGGUUGCAAUUUUCUAUCAUUAAUCCUUACUAUUGUUUUCUCAAUCUUUUUUCUUAUGUGAGAUUUGUUAUGAUGUAUACAGCCAUUGGUUUUGCUGUAAAAUGUAAAGACAUUACAUUGAAGAUGACCAAUGAUUUAAUUUUGUGCACCUUUUGGAAAAUAAAAGAAGCAAGGAUUAACGUCACCUUA